GGUGUCUUCUUGUUGUGUGUCUGUUGUUUGGGUGGCCCCAGCGAUCCAUCGGCCGAAGGCUUUACGACGAAAACGAGGACCUUUCGGACGUGGAGGAGAUUGUCAGCGUGCGGGGCUUCAGCUUGGAAGAGAAAUUAAAAAGCCCGGCCUUCGGCGCGGAUUUCGUGCGACCCAUGGAGGGGAAAGAUUUCACUUUUGAGUAUGUGCAGCGUGAAGCGCUCAGAGUCCCCCUCGUCUUCAGAAGUAAGGAUGGACUGGGAAUUAAGAUGCCAGACCCGGAUUUCACCGUACGAGAUGUCAAGUUGCUUGUGGGGAGCCGUCGGAUCGUGGACGUUAUGGAUGUGAACACUCAAAAAGGCACCGAAAUGAGCAUGUCUCAGUUUGUGCGAUAUUACGAAACCCAGGAGGCCGAACGGAAAAAACUCUACAACGUGAUCAGCCUGGAGUUCAGCCACACGAAGCUUGCAAACAUCGUCAAGCGCCCUAACGUCGUAGACUUAGUGGACUGGGUGGACAACAUGUGGCCUCGUCAUCUGAAGGAGAGACAGACGGAUGCCACCAAUGCUAUUUCGGAGAUGAAGUAUCCGAAAGUGAAAAAGUACUGUUUGAUGAGUGUGAAAGGAUGCUUCACAGAUUUUCACAUUGAUUUCGGGGGUACCUCUGUUUGGUAUCACGUUUUCCGCGGAGGGAAGAUCUUUUGGUUGAUUCCUCCAACGUUGCAGAACCUAGAACUCUACGAAGAAUGGGUUCUCUCGGGAAAACAAAGUGACAUUUUCCUGGGGGACCGGGUGGAGCGAUGCCAAAGAAUUGAGCUGAAACAAGGGCACACCUUCUUCAUCCCAUCAGGGUGGAUCCAUGCGGUUUAUACCCCCGUAGAUUCCCUGGUGUUCGGUGGAAACAUCCUGCAUAGCUUUAACGUUCCCAUGCAACUUCGCAUCUAUGAGAUCGAGGACAGAACCAAGGUUCAGGCCAAAUUCCGCUACCCUUUCUACUAUGAGAUAUGUUGGUAUGUUCUAGAGAGAUACGUGUUUUGCGUCACCCAGCGUUCCCACCUCAGCCAAGAGUACCUGAAAGAAUCAAUGUUAAUUGAUACAACAAGGAAACGUAGCCUGGAUAGCUUCUCAUCAGAUUCCUGGGUAGACAUGGAUGAGGGACCGUGCGAUGCCCACAGUCGGGAGGAGAAGGACGAGACCCCAGAAAAAAAAACCAAAGCUUCAGCGGAUGGACCCUCAACUCCCAAUAGCACCCAUUCGGAAGGGAAGGAGGUUUUGGGGAAGAAACAGAAACCUCCGGCCGCCCGGUACCUCCGGAGGACUUUGUCCAACGAGUCGGACGAAAGUGCCAAGUCCGCCCCGGCGGACGAUCCGAAGACGCCCACGGGCUCCCCGCCCGCGGAGGUUUCCGCCAAAUGGACUCACUUGACGGAGUUUGAACUCAAAGGUUUGAAAGCUCUUGUAGAGAAACUUGAAUCCCUUCCAGAAAACAAGAAAUGUGUUCCUGAAGGCAUUGAAGACCCCCAGGCCCUGCUGGAGGACAUGAAGAAUAUUUUGAAGGAGCAUGCAGAUGAUGACCAGAAUCUUGCUAUUUCAGGGUUUCCUGUGGUCUCCUGGCCUAAGAAAAAUGCAAAGAACCGGGCCGUGGGAAGACCCAAAGGGAAAUUGGGACCAACGUCCGCGGUGAAACUCGCGGCCAACCGGACGACGGCCGGAGCCCGCCGGCGGAGGACGCGAUGCCGCAAGUGCGAGGCCUGCUUGCGCACCGAGUGUGGCGAGUGUCACUUCUGCAAGGACAUGAAGAAGUUCGGCGGGCCCGGGAGGAUGAAACAGUCCUGCAUUAUGCGGCAGUGCAUUGCGCCGGUUCUGCCCCACACAGCCGUGUGUCUGGUGUGCGGAGAAGCAGGGAAGGAAGACACCGUGGAAGGGGAGGAAGGCAAGUUUAAUCUCAUGCUCAUGGAGUGUUCCAUCUGCAACGAAAUCAUACACCCUGGAUGCCUUAAGGUGCGGGAAUCUGACGGCGUGGUCAACCAGGAGCUGCCAAACUGCUGGGAGUGUCCAAAGUGCAAUCAUGCUGGCAAGUCAGGGAAAGCGUACAAGCAAAAGCGCGGCCCCGGGUUCAAGUAUGCCUCCAACCUCCCCGGCUCUCUGCUCAAAGAACAGAAGAUCAACCGAGAGAACAAAGAGGUGGCCCCGGAUCCUGCCAAGCGGAAAGUGGAGUGUGAGGAACCCCCUCGGAAGAAAACCGACGAACGGCCCCCCAAGCCCCCCAUCGAUCCCCUUUUGAGGAGGAAGUCAGAGGAGGCGCACCUGCGCCGGAAACGGAAAUUCGAAAAGCCCCAGGAACCGGCCCUGCGGAAGCGGUUAAAACUGGGUAAAGAAGAGAAGAUGUUCAAGAAGAAGAGGCGGUCGUGGAAGGCGACGGACGACCGAACUGCCCUGGUGAAACCCUUGCGACGUUUCAAGCAGGAACCCGAGGAGGAGGAGCGCCUGGAGGAGCCUCUGAAAAGCAAGGAGAGCGACCAAUCUCGUUCAAGUUCCCCCACCGCCGGGCCGAGUUCGGAAGGGGCCGAGUCCCGAGACAAGAAGAAGUUCAGGAUCCGUCGGAAAGCCCGUCUUCCCAACAAGGAACUGAGCAAGGAACUGAGCAAGGAGCUCAACCAGGAGAUCCAGAAGACUGAGAACAGCCUUGCCAACGAGAACCACCAGCCGAUCAAGUCGGAGCCGGAGAGUGAGAACGAGGAGCCCAAGCACGCCCUCUGCCCCGAGCGGCCCCAUCGCUUCAGCAAGGGCUUGAACGGGACACCCAGGGAGCUCCGGCACCAGCUGCUGUCCAGCCUGCGCAGCAGCAGCGGCGGUGGCACCAACAGCCCCAGGGUCGUCAGCCGGCCACCUCCUUCCCUCUCGCCGCCCAAGUGCAUCCAGAUGGAGCGUCACGUCAUCCGGCCACCCCCCAUCAGCCCCCCUCCGGACUCCCUCCCGCUGGACGACGGGGCGGCCCACGUGAUGCAGAGGGAGGUCUGGAUGGCCGUCUUCCGCUACCUCAGCCACAGUGACCUGUGUAUCUGCAUGAGGGUCUGUAGGACCUGGAACAGAUGGUGCUGUGAUAAAAGACUGUGGACCAAAAUAGACCUAAACCAUUGUAAAUCCAUCACUCCUCUCAUGCUCAGCGGUAUUAUUCGGAGGCAGCCGGUCACGCUCGAUCUGAGCUGGACAAACAUCUCGAAAAAGCAACUGAGCUGGCUCAUCAAUAGACUGCCAGGCCUCCGAGAUCUCCUCUUGGCAGGGUGCUCCUGGAUUGCGGUAUCGGCUCUCUGCAGCGCCAGUUGCCCGCUCCUCCGGACGCUGGAUGCGCAGUGGGUGGAAGGCUUGAAAGAUGCGCAGAUGAGAGACCUUUUGUCCCCACCGACUGACAACAGACCAGGCCAGAUCGACAACCGGAGCAAGCUGCGGAACAUCACGGACUUGAGCCUGACCGGCUUGGACAUCACCGACGCCUCCCUGCGCCUGAUCAUCCGGCACAUGCCUCUCCUGUCCAGGCUGAACCUCAGCUACUGCAACCACAUGACGGAUCAGUCCAUCAACCUCCUGACCGCUGUGGGCACCGCAACGCGAGACUCCCUCACAGAAGUGGUUUUGCAAGACUGCAGUAAAGUGACAGACCAGUGCCUCUCCUACUUCAAGCGCUGUGGGAGCAUCUGCCGGAUUGACCUGAGGUACUGCAAGCAGGUGACCAAGGAAGGGUGUGAGCAGUUCAUAGCCGAGAUGUCUGUGAGCGUUCCGUUUGGCCAAGUGGAAGAGAAGCUGCUCCAGAAGCUGAGUUAGUCUUGGCGAGGGCAGGCGUGGAAGGAGCCGCCGGGCGGCGAAUCGGAGGACGCCGGGAGUUCGAAGCAGAGACCUGAGACUCUUGUUUCGAGAGGUCAGGUCUCGAUGGUUUGGGGUUGCACAAGAAAGGCUGGCGUCUGGACCCUCUGCGGACCACUUCAGCCUGUGCCAGAUCACGGUUACCCUGCCCGGGCCUCGUUUUAUGGACCUUCUUGUGGUGUGACAGCCAAGGACGGUUGAGCCCCCAUGGCAGACUGGAGCACACCUAAGGACCACCCCCAGGGCAUGGCCGUUUCAAAGGCACUGUGACAGGUAGCAAAAGCAAUCUCAAUUCUGGCGUCAGUGGAGGUGGGCCCUAACCCUGCAUUUCUAUCUUUUGAACAUGUUAUUUUUUGUUGUUGUUGUUGUCACAUCCAUGAUGCAGGACUAUUUUUGUACAACUUUGUUUUAAAAAGUUAUUUAUGCAGAGUUCUUGAACGCAUUGCAAAAAGUGUUUGUCUUUGGUUUCACAUUGCCAAGUUACCUGGAGGUAGAGGGAAACGACAGCCUCUUCCCACUUAAAAGAAACAACCAGAUAAGGCCCAGUUGGGAUGGGAGAAGGAAAGUAGGUUAAUAUUUUAAAAUGAGAGGGGGGAAAAAAGCAUGUAUUAAUGGAAGUUUUAUAUCCUGCUUUGUAUACUCUGGAAACACAGUAAGCAUGUUGUGGAAAGGGGGUGUAAUAUAAGGAUUAAGAAUGAACAAGUUGCCAAGUUCCCCUUGUAUAAAAUUCCUUUUUUUCAGUUUUGAAACUUGGAAUUACACCUGUACUCAGCAGAAGGGACUGCAACAUCUGGGCCCCCCCAUACUUGCUGUACAAAAUCCAUUUCUACUCCGAAGCUGAGCAGUUUGUGUUUUUGGAGCGAGUUCUUGUUUUACAAUUUAACUGGGUUAAUUUCUGAUUGUAAAGAGAAGGGGAAAAAAACACUUCAGUAUACAUAAGUGCCAUUGUUGUAAAGUGGUGUUAUUUUCCCCACAGCCCUUUCUUCCUCAUACACUUUUACCUCUUGUUGAUUUG